GUGAGAGCAUGAGUGAGAGAAAAGAGAACUCAUCCUCUGUCGUGAGUCGGCGACCUCGAGGGCGUCCACUUGGGUCUAAGAACAAGUCUAAGGCAGGUAUGAAUAUGAUAGUGAAAUAUGAAAGCCCUUAUGCACUUCAUUCUCGUGUUAUCGAGAUCGCUGCUGGAUCAGAUGUUUUAGAGACUAUCUUCAACUAUGCUCAACGUCCACCUCAAGGCAUCUGCAUCCUUGCUGGUGAUGGUAAGGUGUCUCAUGUUACUCUUCGUCAAUCUAAUGGGACUAUUUUACCCCUCCAGGGUACCUUCCAGAUUAUUUCCAUAUCUGGUACUAUUCUUCCUCCUUCUAUGCCACAGGCUCCUACAGGUUUGUCUGUUUACUUGUCAAGCACCACAGGACAAGUUGUUGGGGGUAGUGUUGUUCCUCCUCUUCUCGCUUCAACUCCUCUGCUUUUGAUGGCAGCUUGUUUUGCAGAUGCUGAACUUGUUAAGUUACCUUUCCUGCCAUCUCAUCACCACCCUCCCUCAGCUUCUGCUCAUUUGCUCGAUGUUAUUCCAAUCAGGAACACCGAUCUCAACUCUCCUUCAUCCCCUAUCCAACCUGCAACUGCUACUGCAACUGCAACUGCUGAUUCACCACCCAAACCUCCUCGCAUUUAGAUUCUCAGACUACUGAUUAGCUUUAUUUCAAUCAAUAAUUUGGUGGCUGAAUGGAACAUUUAUUCAUAUUUUAUGCUCUUUUUUCAUUCAUA